GCCAUUAUUCGCGAGAAAGUGUCAAGUUAUCUCCCUUGGUAGUUGCACCGCCAUUUGCAGCUACACGUCCGUAAUGUCAAAUAUCAUUUGAAAUAUAAUCAUGUAAAUAAACGUGUAAUGAUGGCAAAAUGAAAUUGAUAAUUUUCAUUAGUAUUUUAACAGUCACAAGUGGAGAUAUCGGAUUCUUUGAUGAAGAUAAUCCGGAAUUUUCAGAUCCACCUGAGACUGUGCCUACAUUGAGACUUGUACAGGUUUUGUAUAGACAUGGAGAUCGUAGUCCAACUCAUAACUACACAAAUGACAUAUAUCAGGAAUCUGACUGGCCACAGGGAUAUGGUCAGUUGUCCACAGAAGGAAUGCAGCAGGAGUUUGAACUUGGUACAUUCUUGAGGCAAGAAUAUGUGUCAACACAAUUUUUAAGUUCAGAAUACACAAGGUCUGAAGUAUACGUUCGUAGCACUUCUUUUGAUAGAGCAUUGAUGAGUGCAUAUAGCGUCUUGGCAGGACUUUUUCCACCUAUUCAAGAAGACAGAUUAUGGAAUGAAGAAAUAACUUGGCAGCCUAUACCAGUUCAUACCGUUCCGUUAGAAGAGGACUACCUUUUAAUUCCAGACCAUCCAUGUCCUGUCUAUGAAGCAGCUAAAAAUAAAACCAACGAAAAUAAUCCAAUUAUUCAACAGACAAUGGAAGAGUUUAGUGACUUUUACAGCACUGUUUCCCUGUACUCGGGUGAGCCAAAUACUUGGGACGGAAUAGGUCAUGUGCUUGAUCCAAUCUUUUGCCAGGAAUCAAGCGAAUAUGUGUUACCAGACUGGGUAACUAAUGAAGUUUUUUAUCAAAUUGUACAGUUAAGGGAUAUUUAUACAAGUGUUGCCAGUUCACCAAGGGAUUUUGCUUAUUUAAAAGGUGGAGUUCUUGUCGGGGAAAUGUUGGACCACAUGAUCAACAAAAGUAAGCAAGACAUAUCUACCCCUCAGAAACUGUUCAUGUACUCUGCACAUGAUUCAACAGUACAGUUUUUCCUAACAACCCUGGGAAUUUUCAAUGACAAACAGCCUCCGUACACAGCAUGUGUGAUUGUCGAGUUACACGAAUUACAACCUGGAGAUUUUGCAGUGCAGUUUUUAUACAAGAACGAGACUGGCAAUGACACGGACCCAUAUAUUUUAACAUUACCUGAUUGUGAUGACUUAUGCCCCCUUGAUAAAUUUGCUCAAUUAAUGAGACCUUCAGUCCCAGAUGAUAUAAGGAAGGCAUGUGGGGUGAAAAGCACUAGUAACACACAAUCUGGUAGCUCAGAAGGUCCUUCGGAACCUAGUGGCCCGGAAGUCUCUGCUGUAAGUGGUAGCCCAGAAGUGUCUACAAUUACUGUUAUUGUUUUAUUAUGUCUGAUAGUACUGAUGGUGAUUAUUGUGGCUGUUUUAUGCUGCGUUAAAAGAGACAGAUUAGCAAAUACACACGACUAUAUGCCAGUUCCAUUAGAAAUGUCAUAGGUUUCAUGACUUUAUUUAGGAAAGUAAAAGUAAUGGUAAUGUUAUAAUAUAGUGAAAGAUCGGGCAAGCUUGUUAGAAAUAUCUAUGUUUUUAGAGCAUUUUAAUGUCAGUGCACAUGGGUUGUUGGGAUUGUUGAAUGUCCGUGUGUGUGUGGCCAUCGUCCACAAUUACAUUUUUGCCUUCUAAGCCACAAAGCUAGUUCAAUUCAGAUUUCACAAGAAUGUUCCUGGAGAGGUCCUAUAGGUCAUCCAUACAAAUUUCUGGUUGCCAGGCAACCAAAACAAAAAACUUAAAAACAGUUUUCUGCAGAAACAACUGACCUGAUUUUAAAGUAAUUUCUCAGCAAUGUAUUAUGAGUGACCCUCUGUUAAAUUUUGAGUAAGUCAUGUUGAUUUAAGAAAAAAAACAAGGCUGCCACAGGGCUGGGCUGGUUUUCUUUAUAUGUGUACAUAACAAACAUUGAAAAUCUGCUUUGAAACCAUUUCCUCAAUUUCAAAAUGAUUUAGUUGAAAUGUCCCUUGGGUGAUGUCUGCCAAAUUUCAUCAACUCCUAUUGACUUGUGAUAAAACAUACCGGUACCUGUAAAUUUUGAGAAUCUUUUUGUCAAAGACUGAAGGUUUGAUUUCCAAAUGCUUUCACACAAAUAUUGCUUAGUUGAAUAUCUACCAAAUUUGUUUAAGCCAGUUGUGAAACUCAGUUGAGCGAUCUUUGGCCGUUAUGGCCCCAAUGUUUAAAAAAAAUGAACAGUUUCAAUUUAUCAUAAAAAUUUCAUAGGAUGUUUUUCAUUACGAUUGUAGGUUUCAGCUAUUUUUUUUAAACAAAACAAUGGAAUGUUAAAAAUAAAUUUUAAUAUUUAUAGGCCAAAAAUUUGCAUGCAGAUUUCCCUGGGCACAAAAAUAUGAUAAAAUUAUUUUCAAAUUCAAAAAAAAGUUCCUGCAGUGACAUUUGAAAGAUCUGAAGAAUUUUAUAAAGCGUACUAUUUCUAUAAAUAGGAACAAAGAUCAUGAGUGUUUUACCACAUUUUAAGUACCUUAAAAGCAAGUUUGUACUAUUUUUAGCUUGACUGUUUAAAGAACAGUGGGAGCCAUGAUUCUGCUUUUUGGAAUAUCGGCAUCAGUUAAAGUUCAGCAUUAGAUACAUGCAUGUUCAUAUCUCAGUAGCUGUCACAUGUGUUGCAUUGAAACUUAAGAAAAAAAAUAUAUAUUUGCAUGAAACUUACAAGUUGAGUCACUGUAAUAGCUGUGUGUAUUGAAACUCCACAAAAUACUUCCCAGUCGUCAAAGUUCAAACCUGCUGACGUAAACCAAGUAAGAUACUGUGAAAUCAUUAAUAUUCAUGGGGGACUUAUUUUCGUCAAUCCAUGAAAUUUAAUCCCAACGAACAAGUAAAAUUCCCAUUCAUGUUAUGUUCAGAAGUUGAAAUCCAUAAAUUCAUAUCCCCACGAAAUUGCCAUUUUGAGCAAAACCACGAAAUGUCAUGCCCACGAAAUUAAAUGAUUUUACAGUAACCUUUUGUUGAAAUUAAUGUAAAUUAUGGCCUUUUUUGGACAUAGAAAAUUGAGUUCAAGUUUUUUACGUAACUAUCAAGCUGUAUCUCAUCAACAACUAAAUAUGAGCCGCGCCAUGAGAAAACCAACAUAGUGGGUUUGCGACCAGCAUGGAUCCAGACCAGCCUGCGCAUCCGCGCAGUCUGGUCAGGAUCCAUGCUGUUCGCUUUUAAAGCCUAUUGGAAUUGGAGAAACUGUUAGCGAACAGCAUGGAUCCUGACCAGACUGCGCGGAUGUUGGUUUUCUCAUGGCACGGGCUCAUAUAUGUAUAUGAUUGUAGCUUCACACAGUGACUCGUACCUACAGAAAUAAUCAGAUCAGAUAACCUUUGGUUUUAAAAUUCAGGUUAACUAAUGUUAACCUUAGUAACAGCUGCAUCAUAUUGGACUGAAAUUUUACACAAGGCUUACAAAGUCAAGCUAGAGAACUUUGGGUUGAAAUUAAUUGAAAUUAAUGCCCUUGUUUAACUAUAAUGAGUUGUUGCCCUUGUUCAGCUUAGACAUUGUUGAUUAGGCUAGGGAACUGUGUUAACUAGCUUAAUAACUUCAGAUUUAGUAAGUUUAUUUAUUUUAAAUCUUUUUUAUUAAUUCUUUUAUCAAGGUGUGGUAAUUGUUGAAUUUAUAAUUUUCUUUAGCUUGGUUCAGGUUAUUUUUUUAAAAAUUGUGUGACCUUUUAGCUAUUCUGCUCCCUCAAGUGUUGUUGGUGUCAUGCACAAGUUAAAGUUUUGCAUGCAUGGUCAUAUCUCAUUGCUUGAUUUCUUAAACUGACUAAAAUAAUUAAGUUGCAAAUUAUGACCCUUUUAUACGCCUGUUUGAAAAACAGGACGUAUUAUGGGAAUGCCCCUGGUGGGCGGACGGGGAGGAUGGGCGGGCCGCGUCCACUGACAUUGUCCAGAGCAUAUCUUCUUCAUGUAUGGAGGGAUUUUUAUAUCACUUUGUACAAUUGUUCACAAUCAUAUAAAGGAGUGUCAUGCGCAAAAAAUCAGGUCCCUGAGUCUAAGGUCAAGGUCACACUUAGAGGUCAAAGAUCAAUUCAAGAAUGGCUUUGUCCGGAGAAUAUCUUCUUCAUGCAAGGAGGAAUUUUGAUGUAACUUUGCGCAAUUGUUCACCAUCAUGAGAUGGAGUGUGCAAGAACCAGGUCCCUAGGUCAAAGGUCAAGGUCAAACUUAGAGGUCAAUGGAUACAAGAAUGAAAACUUUGUCCAUAGCAUUUCUUCUUCAUGCAUAGAGGUAUUUUGGUAUAACUUGGCACAAAAUUAAUGUUCACCACCAUGAGACUGAGUUUCAUGCCUAAGAACCAGGUCCCUAGGUCUAAAGUCAAGAUCACACUUAGAGGCCAAAUGUCACAUACAAGAAUGAUUGCCCGGAGCAUUUCUUCUUGAUGUAUGGAGAGAUUUUGAUGUAACUUGGUACAGUUGUACACCAUCAUGAGACAGAGUGUCAUGUGCAAGAACCGGGUCCCUAGUUUCGAAUUGCUUCCCUUUGUUGUUACUAUAAAUAGCAUAUAAAUUUUUUAUUACUGGUUGUAGGGAAAAUUCAAGUUCACUUUUCUGUAGUACAACAUGAUGUUACAUCCAAUUUUUAUGUGUUUUUUUUACCUAUCUCUACCUGGUAAGGGUUUUUGUGUGGACGUGGAAGUUUUUUAGGGGGGAUUUACUUCCCUUAGUUGUAGUACUAUAAAUAACAUUUAUUGUAACUUUUUUAUAAUUGACUGUAGGGAAGAAUUAAGACCACUUUUCUGUGUUACAACAUAGAUGUUCUUUUCAAAUUUUAGGUGUAUUUUAAAGUAUCUCUACCUGGUAAGGAUUUUUUUUGUGGACUUAAAAAAACAAAAGAAUUACGAUAGCUUGUGGAUAUUUGCUUUGACCGCCGUAUUAUUGUGACAUUCUGGCACUCUUGUUAUACGUCCAUUUGAAAAAUGGGACGUAUUAUGGGAACGCCCCUGGCGGGCGGCGUCCACAGACUUUGUCCAGAGCAUAUCUUUUACAUGCAUGGUGGGAUUUUGAUGAAACUUGGCACAGUUGUUCACCAUCAUGAGACGGAGUGCCGUGUGCAAGAACCAGGUCCCUAGGUCUAAGGUCAAAGUCACACUUAGAGGUCAAAGGUCAAAUUCAAGAAUGACUUUGUCCAGAGCAUAUCUUCUUCAUGCAUGGAGGGAUUUUGAUGAAAAUUGGCACAAUUGUUCAUCAUCAUGAGACGGAGUGUCAUGCGCAAGAACCAGGUCCCUAGGUUUUAAGGUCAAGUUCACACUUAGAGGUCAAAGGACACAAGAACGAAAAAUUCAAGAAUGAUUUUGAUGUAGCUUGGCACAAUUGUUCACCAUCAUGAGAGGGAGUGUCAUGCGCAAGAACCAGGUCUCUAGGUCUGAGGUCAAGGUCACACUUAGAGGUCAAAGGAUACAAGAAUGAAAACUUUGUCCGGAGCAUAUCUUCUUCAUGCAUGAAAGGACUUUGAUGUAGCUUGGCACAAUUGUUCACCAUCAUGAGACGGAGUGUCAUGUGCAAGAACCAGGUCCCUAGGUCUAAGGUCAAGGUCACACUUAGAGGUCAAGGAUACAAGAAUGAAAACUUUGUCCGGAGCAUUUCUUCUUCAUGCAUUGAGGGAUUUUGAUAUAACUUGGCACAAAUAUUCACAAGCAUGAGACGGAGUGUCAUGCGCAAGAACCAGGUCCCUAGGUCUAAGGUCAAGGUCACACUUAGAGGCCAAAGGUCAGAUACAAGAAUGACUUUGUCCGGAGCAUUUCCUCUUCAUGCAUGGAGGGAUUUUGAUGUAACUUGGCACAAUUGUACACCAUCAUGAGAGGGAGUGUCAUGCACUGGUCCCUUUUUAGAAUUACUUCCUUUUUUGUUACUAUAAAUAGCUUAUAUUGUAACUUUUUCAUUACUAGUCGUAGGGGAAAAUCUAGACCACUUUUUUGUAGUACAACAUGCAUGUUACAUCCAAUUCUGAGGUGUAUUUUGAGCUAUCUCUACCUGGUAAGGAUUUUUGUAUGGACUUGCAAGUUUAUUUUUUUUUUUAUUUUUUAUUUUUUUUUUUUUUUCUCUCUUUAAAGAUUAACUUCCCUUAGUUGUUACUAUAAAUAACUUACAUUGUAACUUUUUUAUAAUUGACCGUAGGGAAAAACCAAGACCACUUUUCUGUGGUACAGCAUUGAUGUUACUUUCAAAUUUUGGGUGUAUUUUAAGGUAUCUCUACCUGGUAAGGAUUUUUUUUGUGGACUUACAAAAAUAAAAGAAUUACAAUAAUUUUUUUUGUAAACAACUACAAAAUUAAAAUUCCAUUUGCAAAUACAGGUGCUAGUAUAAAGAAAUUUGCUGUGACGGGCGUAUAUUGUGACAUUCUUGCACUCUUGUUUCAACUUGGAAAAUUCUAUUGAAGUUUUGGAUGCAAAUCUCAAACUGUAUCUCUGUGACAACUACAUAAUUAUAUCAAACAAGGCAUCCUUCCCUUCAAACAUACUUUAUAUAUGACAUGUGUUUCAUUUAUCCUUCUUUUAAUUUACAUAGGGUAAGAUAAAUAUUAGUUUCUUAAAAUUAAAUAAAUCAUAGCCAUCAUUUGAGGUAGAAAAUUUGACUUAAUUAUCAACAAUACCAUAAAAAAAAUUUAAACUAAAAAAAUAACUCAGGGUAACAACAGAAAGUUGUGGUCCUUGUUUUUUUUGAAGCCAUUUCAUCCUCCACCUCUGAUUUCUGUGGAGAAGUUGGCAGUUACUUGCUUAGAACGGACUAGUACUGUUACAAAACAUAGGUACGCUUGUAAAGUUAACCACCAGCAAUUACAUAACUGAUAUACUUUUGAAAAACAGGGCUUAGCCAAAAAUAAUGAAUGAAUAAAGAUUUUAUUUAAGGAAGUGAAAGAAUGUUCAGUAUUGGCUAAAAAUGAGGAAAAUAUUUUCGUUUUAAUUUUUGGUCAUAUGGACAGCCAUUUUGUUUCCAUGGCAGCAUGAAACAGAUUGGCUGAUUUAGUACUUUUCGGAUAUUUAAUUGAACAGUAUAUCCUUAAUUCUAUAAAAUGAUUUCUGCACUUUUACAACAACAAGGAAAGGAAUUAUCAUGCUUAAAUGUUUAUGUCAAGCAACAUUCGAAAUUAUUCUAUUUAAAGGCAAUUUUGUAAAAUACUAUUAUUAUCUAGCAGAGUUUAAAUGAUGUCAUGAGCUCUUGGAUAUAAACUCAGUUAUUAAUAAAUGGCUGCUCCCAUAAUCAGUCAUUUUCUUUUUUUGUAAUGGACCGAUUUGAAUAAAAAAAUCUUUCAGUGUUAUGAAAGGCUUGAGGAUGACUUUAAUAUAAAGUCAACUUUCUGUUAGACAUUCCAUAAUAUUUUAGAAUUUUAUAUGAAAGUAGAUGAUACUCAUUUCUACCAGGUACAGUAGUAAAUUGUAGCCUAGACUAUUUUUAGCUCAUCAUUUUUUUUUUUUAAAUAAAAAUGAUGAGUUAUUGUCAUCACUUGAUCGGCGUCUGCGUUGGCGUCUACGUUGGCGUCAGCGUUGCCUGGUUAAGUUUUAUGUUUAGAUCAGCUUUUCUCCUAAACUAUCAAAGCUUUUGCUUUGAAACUUGCAAUACUUGUUCACCAUCAUAAGAUGACCCUGUACAUCAAGAAACAUAACUCCAUCCUGCUUUUUGCAAGAAUUAUUGCCCCAUUUGGACUUAGAAAAUCAGUUUUCUUGGUUGAGUAUUAUGUUUAAGUCAGCUUUUCUCAUAAACUAUCAAAGCUAUCGCUUUAAAACUUGCAACAAUUUUUCACCAUCAUAAGCGGACGCUGUACGUCAAGAAACAUAACUCAACCCAGCUUUUUGCAAGAAUGAUGGCCCUUUUUAGACUUAAAAAAUCAUGGGUAGGACAAUAUUUCUAUUAUACAAAAAAAUCAGAUGAGCGUCAGCACCCGCAAGGCGGUGUUCUUGUUAAGCAUCCAGCAGUUGCUUACUGGUAAGUUAAUGCUGAAGUUUUGAUCAAUUGGGUACAUUUUCGUUAUUAUUUAUUUUGUACCUGCAGUUUUACCUCAUUACUUGUUACUAGCUUUUUCUUAGAUGUUGGUAUAUUUUCAUUGGAUUUAUGUUACUUGUUUUAUUUAGAUGUUAUUGUAAAUUUAUAAUUACUCUGUAUAUUAAACAAGAUAGGAAUUGACUGUUGCUGUAUAUUCCCUAAUUAACACCCGUGCCAACAUUACAAUUUGCAGAAUGGGGGCUUUUAUUAAGUUCUUAAAAUUGUUUCAGUAAAUGUAAACUCAUCCAACAUGAAAUGAAUGAAUUUUAACAACAAUAGCGCUACCACAUUGCUGGUAGUCACUUCACUUUUUUUUUGUGGAAAAUAUGGGGUCGGGGGAGGGCAUUAAAUAGGGAAUAUACAGUACAUAUUUCAAUAGUUUAUUUAUAUUUUAGUCCAUGAUAUUUGUGUCUGUUGCAUAUUAUACAGUAUCAGUCACCUAUUUUCAUAAUGUAUGUUGAAUAUUUUCAUAAUAUAUGUUGAAUAUUUUCGUAAUAUAUGUUGAAUAUUUUCAUAAUGUUUGUUGAAUAUUUUCAUAAUGUAUGUUGAAUAUUUUCAUAAUGUAUGAUGUAUAUUUUCAAAAGAAUACUGCAGCCCUGAAGGCCUGAAGAGUUGUGUCCCUUCAUUUGCAUGGUAACCACAUUGUCCCUUCUGUGUUCAUACAAUAAAUAGUUAGAACACAGGAGUUGUUCCAUAUCAUAACCAGUGUUUAAGGAUGUGAAUCAGAAUUUGUAGACCAGUCUCCGAACUUCAGAAUCUGAUUGGUUGUUUCUGAACUUACGUUUUGAAAUCGACCAAUGGAAAUGCCACAUUCUUAGACUGGUUUUCAAACUUCAGUUUACAACCUCCUGCCCAUAUGAGUAACAAACAUUAGAUACUGACACAGUGAUUUACCAUGUCAAGCAGAAUUGCAACAUACAGCAUGCAUGCAUAUUGGUUCAUUUAAGAAUAAGGCUAAGGCAUAUUUUAAUGUAGGCAACCUUGAACGUAGAGAGAUUGCAAUUUUAUACAUGUACCACUUAGCAUACGUAAUGUUAUUUCAAAUGUGAAGAAUGGUCUGUAGAGUUAAAAUCCAGAUCAUAACACAUUUUACAAAAUUAAAGUGUUUAAAUUCAGUAUAUACAUGUAAAUAUCUUAAGUCUUUAACUAUAUACAGUCAAACCUGUCUUAAGCUGCCAGCAAAGAGAGUUACACAGUUUGACUGGCUGCUUUAAGUAGGUGACAGCUUAAUAUAAUCUGAAAAGUAGAUCCCUCGGAAGCACCAAGAACAAUGCAAACAGUGAAAAUUGCAGACUCGGUUUGAUUGAGUCUGUUCAUGAGCAGUAAUGGAAAAUGCAAUACUGCCCACACCUACUAGCACCGGCUUAAGUCAAGUUGAAAGAGAACAAAAAGUCAGUUUAGGAAGUUAGCUUAUUGGUGGCUAAUGGAGGAUUAACUGUAGAUCAACUGGGAUUUAUUCAAUCAGUCUCUUAUUGUACAGUCUAGCCUGCGUUAAAGCAGUCAUUCAAAGGAAACAGCAUUUUUUUUAUUGGUCUUUUGAGACAGUUUGUUACUUAAUACAAGUUCUUUUGUUCUGAAAGUAAAGAAAUUAGAAAUAGGAAAUGCAGUUGCUUAAGACAAGUGGCUACAAUAUAGAGGUGACAGCUUACACAUGUUUGACUGUGUAUAAUAACAAUAGAAAUUUACUACACAUAUGCUUGUUCAUACAUUUAGUAUGUAAUUGCAACCUCUGUUUUAUUGAAAACAAAAACAAUUGCAAACAAGAAAUACUAUAUUAUAGUAUGUUA